AUGUGCCAGCUUUGUUUGUGUGCUGAGAAAAGCGAUGUGACUCACAAGCAUUCUGCAACAGGAGACAACAGACCAAAAAAAAACAAUGAGAGCGAGGCAGACGAGCCAAAGCCCGGUUCUCGUGUUCUCGGCCUUAGUUUGGGUCGCAGUUGUCGGAGCCUGAUAGAUCUUGUGUCACCAAUUCGUCGCAACGGAAAUGAAGGUGUCCAUCUGAUGGUCGCAAGUGGUGGUGAUCUUGGUUUGCUGGUCAGUCGCAAGGUCAGUCGAGAGCUUUUGGCUCGCUCCGCCUCAUCCUGUCUCUUAGCGGUUAAUUCGGGCAGACCGUCCGCUGAGCCAACUAAAAUUACGCCUGGGUCGACGACGACGAUCACAAUGCCUGCGCCUUCCAGGCCUGACUGCCUUACGGCGGAGCAGUUGGCCACAUGUCAGCGAAUUGCCCAGUUUUCUGUUGGCGGGGACCAGCCAGAACUGGUAAGUCUGUCAGCGAAGAAAGCAAUCACCUGA